AUGACGCGCGGCACACCGUCCGACCCGUCCCUCCCGCGGAUCCUCUGCCUCCACGGCGGCGGCACCAACGGCCUCGUCUUCCGGCUACAGUGUCGCGCCAUCAUUGCCGCCCUCAAGCCGCACUUCCGCCUUGUCUUUGCGGACGGACCCUUCGCCUCGGACCCGCACCCGGCCAUCAUCAGCGUCUACGGCGAAUGCAGGCCCUUCAAGAGCUGGCAGCGCUGCAGGAGCGACGACCCCGAGGUCACGGCGGACGAAUCUGCGGCCAAGAUCGCUGCCGCGUGUCGGGUAGCGAUGGACGCCGACAAGGGCGGUACCGGACCGUGGGUGGCCGUGUUGGGCUUCUCGCAGGGGGCCAAGAUGGCAGCCAGCCUGCUCUGGUCGCAGGAGAGGCUGCGCGACGAGGACAGCAAGGCGACGGGGGACACAACGCGGCCCCCGCUGCUCGGCGCAGACUUCAAGUUCGGGGUCCUCGUAGCGGGCAGCCCGCCGACGGUGUCUCUAGAUCCGCGCGUGCGGGCGCCCAUCCCGCGCUUCGCCGUCGACGCGGAGCGGCCGCAACUCAACCUCGAGGAAUGGCCCGAGUCGAGCGAUGGGGAGCACGCGCUGCACACGAUUCCGACGGUGCAUGUCCACGGUGUGCUGGACCCGGGCCUGGAACGGCACCGCAGGCUGCUCGAGACGUACUGCGCUGAGGGCACGACGCGGCUGGUCGAGUGGCAGGGUGACCAUCGGCUGCCCAUCAAGUCGCAUGACGUGAAGGCCGUGGUUGAUGUUCUGAUGGAGGUUGCGCGAGAGACGGGUGCCAUCUGA